GAUCGGAGUUCCGCCAUUAAACCACCAAACUUCACCGAGCCGAGGGUCCGUCACACCGUCCAGGCGCUCAGUUGUGUUGCAUCGUGGAGGGAAAAAAAAAUCCCUCCAACAUGGAAAGUUUGCUUCUGUGUAGGAUGAAAUGUGGACUCGCAACGCCGCGCAGAAACAGCUGUCUCCUAUCACUCCUUCACCUGCCUGGUGGUUCACCAUCUUACCAUGAACACCAGUAGGAACUGCACGGCGUUCGGGAAUGGUGAGGGUCUGGCUGUUCUGGAGUCCGUCUCCAUUGUGACCAUCACACUGCUGGCCUGCCUGGGGAACUUUGUGAUUGUGGCGACCUUGUAUCGCAGGCCUUACCUGCUCACACCCAGCAACAAGUUUGUGUUCAGCCUGACGCUGUCCAACCUGCUGCUGUCCGUGCUGGUGCUGCCGUUUGUGGCUGUGAGCUCGGUGAAGCGAGAAUGGGUGUUCGGGGUGGUGUGGUGCAACUUCACUGCCCUACUGUAUCUGCUCAUCAGCUCUGCCAGCAUGCUAACCCUCGGAGCUAUCGCCAUUGACAGGUAUUAUGCGGUGCUCUAUCCAAUGAUCUACCCUGUGAAGAUCACAGGGAACCGGGCGGUGGUUGUUAUUGCCUACGUGUGGUUGCACUCCCUGUUGGGCUGCUUGCCGCCUCUGUUCGGCUGGUCGUCCUUUGAGUUUGACUGCUUUAAGUGGACCUGUGUUGCCUCUUGGCACAAAGAACCAAGCUACACAGCCUUCUGGGUCACCUGGUGCAUCCUUCCACCCUUCUUCGUCAUGUUGGCCUGUUACUGUGUAAUUUUUCGCGUCGCACGUAUGAAAGCCUGCAAAGUGCAUUGUGGGACUGUGGUUGUUGCCCAGGACGACUCCGGUGCAGCACAGAGGAAUGGACGCAAGAACUCGAGCACCUCAACGUCCUCCAAUGGAAGCCGGCGGAGCCUUGUGUAUGCAGGCAGCCAGUGCAAGGCUUUGGUCACCAUCCUGGUGGUGGUGGGCACCUUCCUCAUGACCUGGGGGCCAUAUGUGGCGGUUGUGUGGACGGAAGCCUUGUGGGGACAGGGGAGUGUGACCCAGGGGUUGGAAACUCUGGCAACAUGGCUGUCGUUCUGCAGCGGUAUUUUCCAUCCACUCAUCUAUGGUCUGUGGAAUAAAACGGUGAGGAAGGAGCUGCUGGGGAUGUGCUUUGGGGAUCGCUACUACAGAGAGUCGUUUGCCACGCGGCAAAGGACGUCACGCUUCUUCAGCAUCUCCAACAGAAUCACAGAUUUGGGUUUGUCACCACACCUGACAGCCAUGCUGGUUGGUGGAGAGCAUCUUUUGGCCCCUGGGAGCAGCACAGGUGAUACUGGCUUCAGUUUCACUCAGGACUCUGGCACAGAUGUGAUGCUGCUGGACAGUUUAUCCACAGACUGUUCCUCCCCACCUCAGUACCUUGGGAACACAGCUGGGAAGAGGCGGAGCUCUGUCACCUUUGAAGACCAGGUGGAACAUUCCAAAGCUGAAAACACCAACACCUCCACACUCCAAGUCUACGCGGAGAUGCACCAAUCACUCGACACCUUUGCCUCCUGCCUGGCAAAGGCUAUUGAGAGUGAUGCCAAGGCCACUCUUUUUGGGAUGGGGCUGGCUCUCCAGGGAGGACUCUUCACCACCAGGGCAGCACCAAGGCCCAGAUACCUAGACGGUCAGAGACUGAGGCUGGAGAGCAUCGAUGAAGGCAUUGUCAAAGAUGACAGAGAGGAAGAGGUGCAGGAUGUGGAGGAGAAACCUGCAUGAACACAUUUCAUUUCACUGACCCCUUAUGGUUUGUGAACUACAGGUGCUUCAUUACCAUGUGACCUGUCACAGUACGGUGGUGCACGAAGUCCUUUAUCUACAGGUGGUUGUUCCAUACUUGAAUUUUAUAUAUAGGAAUUAGUAAGAGGCACAUUCUCCACUAUGCUGGACCAAUUCAUGUCUCUGCGGGUUUGUUAUUGCAAACAUAGGACACCUCCUAUUGUAACCUUAAUUGUGAUGUAAUUUGUUUCUGAUUUUGUUCUUACUGUAUGAGCUCAGUCAGGUCUCUGCAAUAUGGAGAAAAUACCCACAAAUCUUUAGAUAUCCACCGAUAGUGGAGCAGAAACAGAUCAAACGUUAGAAAAUUCAGUUUGAGAUGACAGCACCCACUGAAGGCCAGAUUUGAUACUUCAUUUUACCUCGUUUGUAAAAAAUUAUGGUACUAUUUUGUAAGAAAAUACAGUAUACCAGCAAAGUGAUGCAACCUUUUGAUUUUAACAGACUGUAAUUAUGGGCAGAAAUGCUUGUAUUAAAGUUUUUGUACUAACCUUCUUUUGAAAGUUAUUUAAACUA